CCUCCUUCGACUCCUCCUAGUCGCGACUCUCGCCUGGGCUCGUUUGAAUAAACGGACGCGCUUUCUGCGCACAGCAACACUGUCGCCAUUCCUCGCGCCCGAUCGUCCCUAAUAGGAGGCGAGACUUCAGAGUAGCCAGAUAGCCCUCCACCCCACAGGCGAAGUGUCCACGCGUGGCUCGAGUUCGUGGCCGGGUGGCGAUGUCGGCGCUGGAGUGGUUUGCCCACAAGUCCCUGGGUGACGGCAUCUACUGGAUCCAGGAGCGCUUUUACGAGUCGGGCAACCGGGCCAACAUUUGGCUGGUGCGCGGGUCGCAGCAGGACGUGGUGAUCGACACCGGGCUGGGACUGCGCAGCCUCCCCGACUAUCUUCAUUUGGCUGGGCUUUUGGGUCCCGAGGCGGGCGGCGACGAGGGGCGCGAGGAAGAGAAGGAGCCUCCGGGGCGGCGGAGGCCGUUGCUGGCUGUGGCUACCCAUGUGCACUUCGACCACUCGGGCGGGCUACAUCAGUUCGAGGAGGUGGCCGUGCAUAGCGCCGAGGCCCCGGCCCUGCGCCGCGGGGACAACUACGAGACGGUCACUUGGCUGUCGGACAACGAAGUGGUGCGACAGCCCAGUCCCGGGUGGAGCGCGCGGCAGUUCAGAGUGCGGCCCGUGCAGCCGACGCACAUCCUACAAGAGGGAGACGUGAUCAACCUUGGUGACAGACAGCUUACUGUCAUGCAUAUGCCUGGCCAUUCAAGAGGAAGCAUUUGUUUGCAUGACAGGGAACGGAAAAUACUGUUCAGUGGGGAUGUUGUUUAUGACGGUUCAAUGAUUGACUGGCUUCCCUACAGCAGGAUAAAUGACUACGUUGGAACCUGCCAGCGAUUGAUAGAAUUAGUGAAUAGAGGUCUUGUGGAAAAAGUCCUUCCGGGGCAUUUCAACACUUUUGGAGCUGAGCGGCUUUAUCGUUUGGCUUCCAACUACAUUUCUAAUGCUGGGGUUUGUCACAAAGUUUCGACAUGUGCUAUGAGAUCUCUUGCAAGUCUAGCACUUCGUGCAACAAAUUCUAGAACCACUUCAUAAUAUAGCAUAUGCCAUGCUAUAACAUUAUUGUAAAAACCCUGUGGCUUAUGUAGGUUUUAUUUUGCCAAUGCAAAGAUAACCUGUUAAAGGAAAAGCAGGCUGAUUAGCCAUUGAAGAUACUUAUUUUUACCUACUUCCUUUCUAUUUAAAAAAAAACCAGUAUAAGCUAGCACCUGUGCCAGAGCUACUGAUUUUUCCUUCUAUUUUUCCAAGGCCGGUUUGCACAUAAGUUGAAUGCUAUUUGACAGAUGUUUUACAUGUUUUGUAUUUUACAACAUUUUGAAUCAUAUGUGCUAAAAGGAAAAGUUUUACAUUGAUGUCCAACUUCGUAAUCUCUUAAAUUCGGAAUUUAUGUUUAAAGUAUAUUUAUAAUAUAAAACUUCUUAUAAGCAGUAUGUUGGGGUGGGGGAAGUUGUAACAUUCCACUGUCUCAUUGAAUGCACACAGUUAAAUAUCCAAGACGUAAAUUUUUAUUGUAAGAAGUGAAUGUAACACAAAGUGAUUACCAAAUGUUAUAAAGCACUAAUACAUGUUGUUGCGCUUAUUUGGGGCAAAGAGUAUAUUGCAUCUGAUUAUUGUUUCUAAAACAAAUGAUGUGUCUGUGGAUAUCUGGAACAUAUUGCUUGCUUUUUAAAUGUGACUUUUAAAAAAGCAGAAUAUAUGAGUGCAUAACUGUUAAAAGUUCAUUCUAACAGUUUUAUAUAUGAUAUAAAAACCCAUGAUUGAAAGUCCUUUUGUAAUUGUGGUAUAACACCUUUGUACUUCAGGAAUAUAAAUUGUUUUCUAGACCACUGUGGUACUAUAGUGGGUUUUGGGAGACAGAGAGAGCACACUUUGCGGAAAAGGCUGCAGCUGUGUCUGGUUGUAGUCAGUUUUACGCCACAUGACUUGGGAUUUCAGAUAAACGGUUUUGAACCCUCAUCUUUCCCGCUAAGAGAUGCUGUUUUUCUUCUGCUUGUUCCUUCUACCUUCUUCAAUUUUGCAUGUAUUUUUGCUUUUAAGCAACUUAACAAAAAACAUAUUUGUGUGUGCGCUUUUUUCCCAGUGGAAAAUUUUGUGUAAUCUGUUUGGAGCUUUACCAGUUUCUUAUGUGGAAAUAUGAUUUGUGUCUUGAAGCUGAAUCUUAAAUUAUUGGUUUGGAAAUAGAUGCCAUGUUCUCAAUCCAUAUUCUUUCUUUUGCGAGAAUAGUGAAUGGCUUCAGGAUUGUGGCCACUGCCAAAACUUACUGUUCUUCCUUUAAUCACUUGAUUAUAUAAUCUCUGUACAUCAAAGAGCUCUGCACAUACAGAUUUUGACUCCUGUCUAUUCAGCACUUUAGCCCUGAGGAGUCUCAAGGGUGGAUGGAUGAAUGGAUGUAUUCGGUUCUUUGAAUGUUAUCUGUGCCUAGUUCCUGUUUUAAACUGGAGUAAGACAGUAUAAGCAGGAGGAUAAAUCUUGUGAGUGAACAGCCAUGAGUGAAUAGAGAGGACGUGAGCAAUUUUAUUUAGCUCUAAUUUUUCAUGAAGUGGAUGCCAAACUAAUGGGGAAAUUCUUAACACUGAUGGUUCUUUUAGCUUGCUAAGAACUAUUGUAAUGAGAAACUCCAAUACAGGACCCAUUAACUCUUGGGAAAAAAUUACUUGCUGCCAUCAGCUUGAAAAGGGAUUGUUACUUACAAAGUGGAAAUAUGAAAGUAGAAAGUUCAGCUAAUUCUGAGGGCCAGAGCAAGUAGGAAUGGGCUGUGGUAUUACAUGCUCCUUUCUCCCUCUCUCCUGGAGUGAAUUACUGCUUCCUUUCUUAGGUAUUAAAAGCAAUGUUAAGCAUUGCUGAAGCUGUCUUUCGUUUCUGCUUCAUGAAUAUUUAUAACCAACUUGGAAGUGGUUCCUUGUGAAAUGUAAGUGCCUUGUUUCUCUUCUUAGAUGGAAUCAUUAGAGUGACUACUUUCUGGCACACUGAUGAGGGACUAAUAAUGAUUUUGCCCCUGAGCAAGUUGUGUAUUCUGAGCUCACCUGGCCAAUGUUCUGAAAAUCCUUUCCUUGAACACCUUUCCUAAGUAACUCUACGUAGAUCGCUCAUUGUGAGAAAAAGCUAAAGACUGGUAUGACUGCCAAAGAUAAUUUUAGAUUGUAAAAACUGAGUGGAGUUGCUGCUAUUGGGACAGUUCUGUUGACUUCUAGUGUCAGCAUCUGCCAACAAAAGAUGCAAACUCUAUAGCUUACAUCCUGUGGAUCCCCCCCCCCCCCCACAUGGACAGAAGUAUUUUUCUCUCUGAGUACAACAUUCUCUCCUCUUAGGGCAAUCUGAAAUCUCCCCCCACCCCCAAAAAUAUUCUUCCUGUGGAUUCCAUGUUAAGAAAGCUGUGCUCCAUUAAUAGAAAUACUUCAGCAUAUAGAAAACCAGGGGAAUCUAAGCCUGUGAUUUUAAACUGAGGGCUUGUACUACUCUGUUUUGCAAAGCUGGAUUAUCUACUGAAAUAAAUUUUAUUUUAUACGUGAGUUAUGUUUCAUUUUUGGAUUACUGUUGGUUAAUAAAGUACAAUCUUAGAGUUCCAGGAGAAUAUAAUUUUGUCUGACUUAUUUUUAUAUUAAAGCAAGUAUUUACUUUCUAAAGGAUUACCGGUAUUAGAAAUUUAGAAAAUAAUUUAUUGUGUUUGGGUUUUAAAGCACAUAUGUUCACUUGAAAUAUUUUAGAGUAUGAGACCUUUACUAUUAUUUUAUUUAUAAAGUCUAAAAAGCCUCCUACGUAUUCAGUGUUUGGAUUGUUUUUAAUAGCUGAAAAUUAAGUGCAUAACCCAGAUAAAACAAAGUUAUUGAACCUAAAUUAAUCCUGCCAUGCAGUCAAAGUUUCGUUUUUGUCUAAUUGGGUUAUUUAUUGUAUUAAAUGAGGUUUCAAGACCUUUUUAAAACUUGUAAAGCAUUAUCCUGUCCACAUUUUACUAAUGGUGUACACCACUGUUUCAUGGAUAACUGUAUUAUUUUAUCAUUGAUAAUAAAAUGAUUUAUAAUAGAAAA